AUGGGAAGAAAAAUCUUGUUUAGUUUUUCACUUAUUUUUUUAUGUAUGGGGUUUUCACUAACUUUGGACCAAAUAUUUGCCAGGAAGAAUGUAAGCUCUCAAACGUCUUCGAAUAAAGAAGUGGUUGGAAAGAGUGAUCAACAGAGUAAUGGAGAUAUGAAACCAAUCCAGAAUUUCACAAUACCAAUCACACAGGCCCUGACCUACAAUCUGAGCAGUGAAGGGCAUUUAGAAAAAGAACCUUGGAAUGCAUUCAGCCAUGAUAGCCCGGUUAACAUCUCCAUGGAUGGAAUUCCCUGCAUUCUCUUUUGGGCCAAAAGAAUAACAGUGAAGUUUAAGAACCAGACCUGGCUGGACCUUACAGAGGAAGCUUUUGGCCAGCGGGCAACGGUGGAUGCUAGCAACUCAAAUUGCAGUGAAGAAAGUGCCAAGUUGUCUCUGAAAUUUGACGAUGCUGAAAAUCCCAAAGGCCUUGAUAUCAGAUUCACCCUUACCAAUUACAACAAGUUUUCCAGGCAGAGCUGGUUUAGUUUGCACCGAAUUGAAAUUAUUUUUAAUAAUUCAAUCCAAGCAACUUUUAAUGCAACUGGUAUAUACGCUCCUUCAAGUUAUUCCUAUCACUGCCAGCGUGUCAGCAGUGUACAGCAGUCUGACGCCCUCCUGUUGCCCAGCGACCUGGAUGACCCGUCAAGCCUGUGGGAGGUCACUUUUGUUGAUUUCCAGAUCCAAGGCUUUUCCAUUAAGGGCGGACAGUUUGCCAGGGCCCGAGACUGUGCCUCUUCCUUCUCGCCAGCCGUUCUGAUCGGCCUGGCCAUGUCCCUGAUCCUGCUGCUGGUUCUGGCCUAUGCCCUGCACAUGCUCAUCUAUCUGCGGUACCUGGACCGGCACUAUGACUUCAUCCCCUCUCCGGCCCACUUCCCUCAGCUGAGAGCUCGAGAUACAGCAGAAGAGAAGGAGCUGCUGAGGAGCCAGGGAGUUGAAUGCUAUGAACUGAGAACCCAGCAGAUUUGCAAAAUGUAUGUGUAG